AUGAGCUGGGGUAGCUUCGAGCUGCUGAUUGGGGUGUGCUUACUGUUGUUGGCGAUCUAUCACUACUACGUGGCGAAUUACAACUUCUGGAGCAGUCAAAAAGUCCCAGGACCGAAGCCUCUACCUUUCUUUGGAAAUGUCAAAGACGUGAUAUUGGGCAAAAUGUCGCUGGGCGACUACCUGACCAAAAUUUACAACGAUUACGUGGACGAGCCGAUAAUCGGCAUCUACGAUCGUCGCAAGCCCAUCUGCGUGGUCAAGGACCCGGAACUCAUCAAGGACGUGCUGAUCAAGGACUUCGCGGCGUUCGCCGAUCGCGGACUGUCCCGCAACUACAAAGUCGAGCCGCUCCUUAAGACGCUGUUCUUCCUUGAGCCCAACGGCUGGCGUCCGCUCCGUUCGAAUCUGUCACCGACCUUCACCUCGGGCAAGCUCAAGGACAUGUUCUAUCUGCUGAUCGAGUGCGCCGAUCACCUCGAGCAGUACCUGGCCAAGUGCGUGGAGCGCGACCCGGUGAUCGAGUGCUGCGAGCUCACGGCCAAGUUCACCACCGACGUGAUCGGCUCGUGCGCCUUCGGCCUCAAGAUGAACGCCCUCACGGAGGAGGAGAGCCAGUUUCGUGCCAUCGGCCGGAAAGUCUUCCGGACCAACGGUAUGAAGUUCGUCAAGUCGCGUAUCAAGGAGUACCUGCCCUUUAUGCUGAACUGGUUUCCCGCUUUCUUUUACGAUCACGAGGUCAACGAUUUCUUCAUCAACACCAUGCGCCAGACCAUGGAGUAUCGCAAGAAAAAUAAAGUGAGGCGAGCGGAUUUCGUUGACCUGUUGAUGGAGCUCAGGGAAAAUCCACAAAAAGUCGGUGAUAUCGAAUUGGACGAUGUGUUGAUAACUUCUCAAGCGUUCCUCUUCUUCGUCGCUGGAUUUGAGACUUCCUCGUCGACCAUUAGCAACGCCCUCUAUGAAUUGGCACAGCACCAGCCCAUACAGGACAAGCUCAGACGAGAAAUACACGAGGAGUUGAAAAGAUGCGAUGGGCAGAUCAAAUACGACAGCAUAAAAAACAUGAGCUACAUGGACAAAGUAUUCAAUGAAACUUUGAGAAAGUACCCACCACUUACCUCGCUAAUGAGGCGGUCUACGAAGCCGUACACUUUUUACGGCACCAAAGUGACGUUACCAGCCCAUACGAGGCUCUUGAUUCCAGUUUUCGCUAUUCACCGCGAUCCGCAAAUUUAUCCCGAACCAGAAAUCUUCGAUCCCGAGAGAUUUAGCAAGGAAAACAAGAAUACGAGACAUUCAUCUCACUACUUGCCGUUCGGCGAUGGGCCGAGAAAUUGUAUUGCAAUGCGAUUCGCCAUCAUACAAUCCAAAGUGGGCCUCGUGAAAAUUCUCAACAAUUAUCGAGUCGAAGUCUGCGACAAAACUCUCAUUCCAUACAGGAAAAAUCCAAGAGCAUUCUUGUUGGCACCCCUCGGAGGCAUACACUUGAAGUUUACCAGAAUUGAGAGUGACUCGUAA